AGUUAUCUUACAUUGAUGAAAAAGAAAGGUAGGGUUGAGCCGUGUGCUCGUCUGAUAUGAUCAAUUUCAUGGUCUCGUGGAGGUGGUGUUUUAAUGGCGGACUGCAGUUGUAAUAGGCAAGUAGUGUACAUCGCUAAAUUGCAGUAGUACAUUAACAUAUCAAUGCAUCGGUUAACUUCUUUCAAGUUUCCCGCCAAGCCAUCCAAAUUGUUUUCUUUCUUCCUCGUAACCACCACAGCCACAGCUACCGGCGUUGCUGCUCUCACCUUUUCCGACGAUGUCAAUUCCUUUUCUUCUGAGAUUUGUUCUCCAUUCAGCUCACUUCGGCGCUCUUCUCACACCAUCUUUACGAUUGCUUUAACUGUUUUUGACUACAAGUAUACCUUGCAUGGGCUAGUAAAGGGUUCGGAUGUAUAUCGGAAUAGAAUUUCUGAGGUUCAUCUGCGCUCAGCAAAGAGAAUAUUGAAACUGUGUGAAGACAACAGAGGUUUUUAUGUGAAAGCUGGUCAGUUUGCAGCUUCCCUCCGACAACUCCCAAAGGAAUAUACGAUGACUCUUUCUGUUUUGCAGGAUCAGGCCGUUCCUUGUGAUUUCGGGUUGAUAAAAGAAGUAAUCUGUAGAAAUCUCAGAGCUGAAUUUGCUGAUAUAUUUCUCUGCUUUGACGAGAAACCACUCGCCGCAGCUUCAAUUGCUCAAGUUCAUCGUGCUGUCCUGAAAAAUAUGGAAGAAGUUGCUGUGAAGGUGCAGUAUCCUGGCUUAGAACGACUGAUGAAGAUGGACAUUACUACCAUGUCUUUUGCCUCACAAGCUGUUGCCUGGAUAUUCCCUGAAUACAGAUUCGGAUGGAUUCUUGCAGGAUUUAAAGAGGCGAUUUUUAAGGAACUUGAUUUCAUUCAGGAAGCAAGGAAUUCUGAGAAGACUGCAAAAAAUUUCAGGAACAACAAGAAUGUCAAGAUCCCACAAGUGUUUUGGGACUUCACAACUAGCCAGGUUUUGACCAUGCAAUUUUGUUUUGGACAAAAGGUUGAUGACCUGGAAUUUCUGGAAAAUUCUGGAAUAGAUUCAAGAAAGGUUGCGAAAACUCUGGUUGAAGUCUUUGCUGAUAUGAUAUUUAUUCAUGGCUUCGUGCACGGAGAUCCACAUCCUGGAAAUAUCUUAGUUCAUCCAACUGGUCAGGAAGGCUUCACUUUGGUGCUUUUAGACCAUGGAAUGUACAUGGAACUAGAUGAAGGAUUCAGAAGGAACUAUUGUCGUCUAUGGAAAGCAUUGAUUCUUCAGGAUAUGAACGAAGUAUUGCAUAUUGGUGAAUCUUUUGGUAUCGGGAGCUAUGCAAAAUAUUUGCCCAUCAUAUUUACUGGAAAAACAAUUAGCAGUAAAGCGGGACUUGAUAGAGAAAUAUCCAGAGAAGAGAGAAAUAAUAUCAAGCAAGAGCUGAAGGCCCUUGCAAUUGGAGACAUUUCAUUGUUCAUGGAAUCUCUUGCACCUGAAUUUUUGACAAUAUUGCGUACAGACGGGAUGCUUAGAUCAAUACUCAGCAAAUUGGGUACACCUCAAAGUGUUCGGAUUCUAACCCAUGCAAAAAGGGCUAUAUAUGGUCUUUCUUUAACCAAUGAUUAUGAACAUAGUUCAGCAUUGAGUUAUUUUAUCUCAAGAAUCAAGCAUGAAUAUAAUUUUCUUCAAAUUAAAUGCCUUCUUGGCACUAUGGAGUUGAUUUCAUGGCUGCACGAUUACAAACAGGUGUUCGCUAAUACCUUAAAGAGUUUGUUGGCUGUUGCAAGAAGUCUAAUUUUAUCUCAAACCAACUAAAUGUUUCAUCUUGUGUGAUCUAAAUAUCAAGAUCUAGAUAAAAUGUACAUCAUCAUCAUCAUAUCCGAUGUCCCGCUCGGAAGCAGGGUCUGCAUGAGGGAAUGUGACGGACAAUCCAUACCGGUACUCCCUUCAUAGGGAGGACUAGCUACAAGUUGGUAAAUUUUUCCAUGAAAAAUAGCCUAACAUAUUAAAGGGUUACAUAUCUCGUUAAAGAGGUAUAUUUUUUCGUAUUAAGUGUUUUUUGAGUUUUGGAACUUGAUAUUUAUAAAAAUGCCACCAAGCACAUGUACACUGUUUCAUAGUUAUAGAUAUUUACACAUAUGCCAUUGGGAAUAUGUAUUCCAAAAGACUAAUUAUAUACCUCCUUUUUCAGUUUUAUCACUUUAAGUGGUUUUCACCACAUUCUUUUUGUGUGUAUAUAUACUCUAUAAACGGUAUAAAUUUGAAGUUGUAAAAGAUUAUGAGUUUCUUUGGGUUAGUCUAGUGAUUGAGGGUUUUUCUUUCA